CUGAUGUUCAAUUGCCAGCUGUCAGAGACAUGGGGCAGGAUUACUAUUUACAACCACCAAGAACCCAAUUAUUCUACACAAUAUUAGGGCACAUAUCUACUAUAUUCGGAACAUGUCAGAUGGAAUGGUGGGGUCCACAAUACAAGAUAUCAAAAUGGUUAGCGUGGCUUUACUUCUUGCAGAGACAUUCUGUAAGAACAUUCGGUAAGGUGGUAUGCCUAUCGCAAAGUGUGUUCAUGGUGCUAAACUUCAAUACGUUGAGUUCUUCUGUACUCAUAGUUAUUUUAACUAUAACUCCUGUCGGCUAUUUAGUGGCGGUAAAAGCAGAAACGGCAAAGUUAAAGAGUUAUGAGAAAGUUAUGAAAGCAUUCAUGGACAAAAUUCAUAUUUACAACUGUUACGUGAGGAACAAAGACUCGGAGUAUGUGAAAACGAAAGUGAAACAAGUUGAAUUUUUGUCGCGUUUCACCACCUGGUUUCUAACAUUCUUUCUCUACAUUUGCUGGAGUGCUUGGAUGCUUCAACCAACGCUGUACAACAUAAGGAACAUUGAUGCAAUUUUAAAUAAAACUCAGGAUUUUCAAUAUUAUAUAUAUUUGUGGACGCCUCUUGAAUAUCAUCACAAUCUUCGAAAUUACUUGAUAAUUCACACUGUGUGCGUAUAUCUAGGAGUAACAGCCAUAACAGUUAUUAUAACGUUUGACUGUCUAAAUAUGAUAAUAGUGUACCAUAUAGUUGGCCACAUCUAUAUUCUGAAACAUAAUUUUCGAACGAAAUUAGCCGAUGAUUUUACCGAUGAAAAGGCGAAAGAGUUCCUUGUUGAUACUAUCAAGUAUCAUUCUUUCAUAAUUACGACCUUUAAAAAUGUGCAGAACGCUUUUGGAAUAAACGUCGCGGCAAAUUAUUUGCAAAAUUUAUUUGAAGAUGGGCUAUGUUUGUAUCAAAUGAUGAAAGGCGAUAUGGAAAAUUUUGUUAAGUAUGGAUUGAUGUUGGUGAUUUAUUUAGGCAGUCUCAUUAUGUUGUCGGUGGUGUUGGAAGAAAUAAAGCGUCAAAAUAGCGACUUAUCGGAAGUAGUUUACAGUAUACCGUGGCAAAGGAUGUCUGUGUCGAAUCAAAAGACAGUAAUGCUGUUGUUGUUCAGAACACAGCCGGAUCUUGAAUUCCGCGCCGCGUGUGGUAUGAAAGCCGGGGUCCAGCCAGCUCUGUCGAUAAUCAAAUCUAUGUUUUCAUACUACGUCAUGAUUAAAUCUAGAAUGUAAUUUGUUGCUACAAUAUCUACACGCUUUAAAAUUUUAAUUUACGGAUUUUAAUCACAGGAAGGUUUUUUUUAAUAUUCAAAGUGUCGUAUAAAACUUUUUAAAGCUAUGUUUAAAAUGUUAUAUUCUUAUUAACACUUCUUUAUUUUCAUCGCCCUAUGUUAACUGGUUCUUUACCAUUAAUGUUUUCUCUCAUUUUUACUAUUUACGAUACUAUUCCAUAACGGUUUCUUUCAAUAUGUUUGCACCCUUUUACUGGACAACGUUACAUUAUUCAUUAUUAUGGUGCUAACGUUCCAUUUUUUCCAUAUUAGAAGGCACUCACGCGUGUUUUGUCUAAAUUAGAAACUUCAGUAACAGUAAAAAGUUUUAUUUGUUAAAUUUUCUUCAUUGCAACUUCUUAUAAAAUUAAAUCGUGAAAAUAUUAAAAAAUAGGUGUGUGUGCCUUCUAUAUGGAAAAAAAGUGGAACGUUAGCACCAAAAUAAUGAAUUAUGUAACGUUGUCUGAUAAAAAGAGUGAAAAACAUAUUAAAGGAGUUCGUUGUGGAAUAAUAUAAUAUAUAAGUUUCUUAUUUAUGAAUCUACAGCAUUUUAAACUAUAUUUCCGCAUACUCGUUUUGCACGUGAGAAAUAUAAAUUGCUGAGCUGUUUGUUUACUUUCUUCCCUUGUUAUUAUCGUGUACUUGAUAAUUUAAGCAAAACAGAACUGCAAUUCCUUUAACUUAUAAUUAUAUAAUGCCAUUGAAAACCUUUCAAAGUUAUUAGAUAAUUAUAAGUCAACAAA